UGCAGUUUGAUUUGGUUGACAGUCGCGCUGGUCGUUAUUCCGCGACAUCUAUUCCCAUUCCCGAUCCAAUUCAGUUCAAUUAAGAGCCAGCAUAGCUUUUUUCGGGCGAUUAUCGCGUGUCUGGCAUAAUUUCCAAAACUGCUGCCGCUGCUGUUCUUCCAGUUGUUGUUGCUCCUGCUGCUGCUGACAUUUUAAGAAAUCCUCAAACGAGUAAAAGUUGAUAUUCUAAAAACGAAGCCCAUCAAUCACAUAAACAAAAACCGAAACUCUAAACAAACUCAAAAAAGCAAAGCAGGAGCUCAGGAUAACAGGAAAGCAGGCGGGAAAUCCAGAAUGGGCGGCUCGGCAGUGCAGGUGAUCAACGCCUCCGAGGAGCACACAUUCGUGCUCAAUGAGGAGGCCCUGAGCGAAGUGCUCAUGCGCGAGGAGGUCAAGGACCGGUUCGUCUGCGUCGUCUCUGUGGCGGGAGCCUUCCGCAAGGGCAAGAGCUUCCUGCUGGACUUUUUUCUGCGGUACUUGUACUCAAAGUAUGUACACCAUGAUGUCUCGGAUUGGCUGGGUGAUGAGUCAGAGCCCCUGUCUGGAUUUUCGUGGCGUGGCGGCUCUGAGCGCGAUACCACCGGCAUCCUUAUGUGGUCCGACAUAUUCCUGCACGACUACCCCAGCGGCGACAAGAUAGCCAUCAUCCUGCUGGACACACAGGGCGCCUUCGAUAGCCAGAGCACAGUCCGGGAUUGCGCCACUGUCUUUGCCCUGAGCACUAUGCUGUCCUCGGUGCAGAUAUAUAAUUUGUCACAAAACAUCCAGGAGGAUGACCUACAGCACCUGCAGCUUUUCACCGAAUAUGGCCGCCUGGCGCUGGCCGACACCGGCAAGAAGCCGUUCCAGCGCCUUCAGUUCCUUGUCCGCGACUGGAGCUUCCCCUACGAAGCGGAGUACGGAGCCCUAGGUGGUGACAAGAUACUGAAAAAGCGGCUAGAGGUGUCUGACAAGCAGCAUCCCGAGCUGCAGUCCCUGCGCCGUCACAUCUCGUCCUGCUUCACAGAGGUUGCCUGCUUCCUGAUGCCACAUCCGGGCCUGAAUGUUGCCACGAAUCCACAAUUUGACGGCAAGCUCAAGGAUAUCACGCCCGAGUUUAAGAACAGCCUGCGCACCCUGGUACCCAUGCUGCUGGCUCCGGACAAUCUGGUCUACAAGGAAAUUAGCGGCCAGCGAGUGCGGGCUCGCGAUCUCAUCCAGUACUUCCAGUCGUACAUGAACAUCUACAAAGGCAACGAGCUGCCCGAGCCAAAGAGCAUGCUGGUGGCCACCGCUGAGGCCAAUCAUUUGACUGCCGUAGCCGCCGCCAAGGAACUCUACCAGCAGCUCAUGGAGGAGGUGUGUGGAGGUACGCGGCCGUACUUAAGCACCGCCCAUUUGGAGACGGAGCACAUCCGGGUCAAGGACAAGGCCCUUUUCCAGUUCGCCACCAAGCGGAAGAUGGGCGGCGAAGAGUUUACCGAGAAGUUCCGCCAGCAGUUGGAGGACGAUCUCGAGGAGGUCUUUGUCAACUACCGGGCGCACAACGAGAGCAAGAACAUCUUCAAGGCAGCCCGCACCCCGGCGGUGUACUUCGCCUGCGCCGUCAUCAUGUACAUCCUCAGCGGCAUCUUCGGCCUGGUGGGCCUCUACACGUUCGCCAACUUCUGUAAUCUGGUCAUGGGCGUGGCUCUGCUCACGCUGGCUUUGUGGGCCUAUAUCAGAUAUAGCGGCGAGCUGAGUGACUUUGGCGGCAAGUUGGAUGAUUUUGCCACGCUCAUGUGGGAGAAGUUUAUGCGGCCCAUAUACCACGGCUGCAUGGAGAAGGGCAUCCAGCAUGUGGCCACGCAUGCGACCGAAAUGGCUGUGGGCGGAGGCGGCGCGGCCGGUUACCGAAGCCAGACAUCGGUGAAUGCAUCGAAUGGCAAGGUGAAGCGCUCAUGAGAAUACGCCCAAGGAGUGCAGCACAAGACGCAGCAGCCGCAGCAGGUGCCUCCAAACAUCAUCUGCAGCAAUAACAACAACAACAAUGUGGCAUACAAAUCAAACAAAAGCAGCAGCAACAGCAACAACGAGGCCCGCGGUUUCAUCCACAACAUCUGGCGCAAGUUCACCAUUAGCGGAAGCAACGAAUCAAUGGCCAAAGCCACCGGUCCAAGCCCCUCGGCCCCAGCCCCAAAUAGUCGCAAAAAGCGCAAAGCGAAGCGCAACUAAGGGUCUAGGGACCCCCCUCUCUGGUAGUAUGUAUAAACCGACGAUAACUUUCUUUAUAUUGUGUGAGAACGUGAACCGGAAACACAAAUGUCUAGCUAUUAAAAAAGCCCUAAAAGGAGAUUGUUUUUAUAUUGCAUCCAAUUUUGAAAUGUAGUUGGUCUAAAUUACGUAUAUAUAUAUAUAUUUAAGAAUCAUUAAUAAGUGGCUUGCAUUCGUUGAGAAGUAACAUUUUAAAUUGUUUAUUUUUUUUUUAGAAACGAUAUGCGUAUACACAUAUAAAUGAAAUUCAACGCUGUAAUAUAAAAAGAUCGCUAACGAA